CUGGUGCCCUAACCUCUCAGAACGAUUCAGCACUUUAAUGUGGAUUGUUUAAAGCGACUGUUUUCAAAAUUGUAAAUUCAAGGACAUGGACUUGUCAAUGCAGCAGAAAAACUGAAGAUUUACGAGAUUAAACAGCGCAUUUAUGUAAGUGAACUUUUUUGCUUUUAAGGAUCGAGUCUUAGUUCAACAGAAAAGUCACAAAUUUUAACAUGAUUGAUUUUUGAUCAAUUUAUAAAAAAUAAAAAUAAAAAAGUCAUGUAUUUAUUAGUAUUAGAAUAUGAAAUUCAUGAGAACUAACUUUUAAAUUUAUGAGAAUAGUUAAAAAUGUGCUAAAUUGAGUCACAAUCUUGUAAGGUAUACUUUAUUUUACAGAAAAAUUAGAAUAAACUUGUGUAUUUUUGCGUAUACUGUUGUAACUUUACAAAAAUUGUAGUACUUUCGAAUGUCUGAGAAUGAAUUUCUAAAUUUAUGAGAAUAAACUUCUCAUAAAUAAAAUAAGUUAUAAAUCCAAAAACAUUGAAUCUUUGAGAACAAUUCUGAAUAAUUUCCAGAAAAGUCAUACAUUUGCAUGGUUGCAGCUGUGAAGUAAUGUUAAUAUAUGCCAAAACAAUUUCACAAGUGUUUUUAAGUUGUACAUUAAAGAGUAUAACCUUGUUUGUCCAUGAUUUCUACACACUCAUGAAGGUGAUGUGGGGUGAACCAUGUUAUCCACCACAUCUUAUGAGUUAUGAAACAACUCAUAUAACUGUACAUUAACUUUGUUUAUCCCAUAAAUAUGUGACUCUUAGGUACAAAGUAUGUAGAAGGUGGUAAUCCUAUUGCUGGAUAAAGAUGAGUUUAGUUGCAUUUUAACAAACACCACCUGAACUCUGCCAUUACAAAGCUGUAUGUUUACACAUGGGAAGACUCGGUCAUAACAGACAUAUGGGUGACUGGAGCCCUUUCAUUAAAGCUCAUCGAAGCAGCCUCUCGGAUCGGACCUUGUCCUCUAGUUCAGUAGUUUGUCUUUGCUUUGUUACCUGCAGAGAGAGUAAGGUUCAUGUGAGGUCAAACUCCGGCUCGCUCCCUGUCUGUUUGGCCCCGCCCCUCUCUGUUUAUUUAGAGAGAGUAUGUUUUUCCUCUUAUGAAACCCCAGGAUGUAGGCUAGUUUGUGUGUUGCAUAAACACUUCAUUAACUCCUUUCCUCCUCUGUCCUCGGUCAGCAGGGAGGUGUGGAGGGAACAGGAAGUCCUAUGGGUGUUCUUUCUCACGCUUGUGCGGCUCUCAGUCAGUCAGUGAGCAGGUGAGCAGAGGAGGAGGAGGGCUCAGGUGUGAGCCGCUGUCAUAUAAAGAGUUUUAGAUGGUAACAGAGAGAUGUCAGGAGGAAGUCAGUCUGCCGGGAGCUCAGCAGGUAAGAUACGGUUCAUUCAUUGUGUAGGUCAUCAGACUGAUUCAUUUGAAUUGUAGUCUUCAUCCUGAAUCCGUGCGCAGUUUCAUGGCCUCCUCCUCCUCCUCUGUCACACUUCAUAGAUGAGUUCACAUCAGUGUAAAGCUGUCAAAUAAGGUCAAUAUGGAGCUGUUGAUGAGCUCUGUCUCAGUAGAUAGGCGUACCCGUGUCAGUCCAGGUGAACCUCACUCAGAAACUCACCUGUCUCUCAGCUGUCAUGGAUGUAAACGGGGUCCAUACCCAGGACAAUGAACUGUUCCUGCACAGAGGGUUCAAGCUCAUCAGGGGGAUCCACGAUCCGGAUGAUGUCGAUCAGAUCUACGACCUGGAGAUCCGGGACUCGGACGUGUUCGUCGUUACGUAUCCGAAGUCAGGUAAGCAGAGCGGACAGAUUCUCCCGAAUGGUGAUAGUAUCCAGAUAAUGAUUGUUCUUAUAUUUGUUCUAUAUGUGACUGUAACAUUGAGUUCAGAGUACAACCCUGAGAGGGUCGGGGAAAUUCGGAUCUGUUUGUGGAGAGACAUAACUCAUAUUGGAGCCUCUGUUAAAAAAUGGCAUUUUCUUUAGGUUAUUUUUGAGAAAAACAUGAAGUGCAAAGUUUAAAGUUGAUGAUUGUUAGUGUCCUUACUGCCCUUGUCAAUGUGCGCUUGUGUUGCUUAAAUAUGGUAUUUUGUGACACGUCUGUUUUAUUUUAGUGUAGCCCACGUUCAAGGGAUAUUUCUGGUAGUUUUAUUUUGACAUAUUAGUACUACUAUUCCACAGUUAUAAAAUGCUUAUCAGUCAGGUCUGGUAACAAGUAAAACAUCAUAGUAAUCGCACGUUUUCACUCACUGUAAGAGACAAUGCAUACUGAGGCUGAACGAAUGAAUUAAUGAAUCAUUUAUGGGGAAAUUUAGAAAAAAGGGAGAAGUGACAAAGACAUCAAACGCCACACAAGACAACACACUAUGAGGAUCAAAUAAAAUGAGAUCACGGAGGAAAGUGAUGCCUCCUUGGGUAACUACACACCGAGUUUAACGGUGGACCUCUGUAAAAAUCCUUCUUCCCGUAUCCCGCAGUCUUAUCUUCACUCUGAGAGUAUCUAAAAGGUCUUAAGGGGUGAGGGUUUUAUGCCCCCCUGUCUCUCACCUCAUGAGCUGCGGUAGAUCUCGGCUCUGGAUGAGGGGUUCAUUCAGAGUUCAGAGAAGUACUAAUUUAUGCAGAGUUAAAGUGAAACAGUGUGGGAAGGGCAAUGGCAGACGAUGCCCAUAGGCUCAUUGAUAGCAGGUUGUGUGUCAGAGAGAUUUACAUAAUACAUUUUUAUCAAUGAGGUGGUGUUGAUGAUGGUUAUGUUAAAAAUACUGAUCACUACAUCUGUUAAGAUGAUGAUGAUGAUGAUGAUGAUGAUGAUGAUGACAAUUUUGAUGAUGAUGGUGAUAAUGGUGAUGGUGAUUAUAAUGAUAGUGGUAAAGAUGAUAAUGAUAAUGACCACCACAAGCAUGAAAGCUAUGAUGAUGGUGAUGAUGAUAAUGAUCAGUAUCUAAUUGUGAUGGUGAUGAUGACAAUGAUAAUGAUGAUAAGGAGUGAAGAUAAUGAUGAUAAUGAUGAUGCACAUGAUGAUGAUGAUGAUGACAAUGCAAAUGAUGAUAUGGUGAUCAUAAUGGUCGUGAUGAGGAUGAUGAUAAUGAUGACAACGAUAAUAAUGAUGAUGAUGAUAAUAAUGACAACAAUUGUGGAUAAGAUAUUGUUUAUCAAGAGCGUGAUAAUGUUGGUCUCAGUGGUUAUUAGGGUUAUCAUGUGGUCUAUGAUAAUGAUGAUAUUGAUAAGGGUUAUGAGGUGUUCAAUAACCAUGAUUCAAAUGAUAGUGAUGUUGUCUGUGUGGUUAUAAAAAUUUUAAAGGAUGGUGGUGAUAAUGUUACAAGUGAUGAGAAUGGGGACUUUUAUGACUAUAAUGACAAUGGUGGUGAUGAUCAUGAUGACACUGUCUAAAAUAUUGGUAUUCAAUUGAUGGUGAUAAAGAGUCCUGUUGUGUGCUCCUAAGAUUAUUCUAUUGCAGCAGAUCUUGAGUCUAAGAUAAUGAUGACAUUGAUUAUGAUGCUGAUAUCGGUCAUGCUGCUGCUGCUGCUGCUGCUGCUGCUGCUGAUGAUGAUAAUGACGACAACGACAAAGAUGAUUCCUGUGCUUUGUUUCAGGGACUAUCUGGAUGCAGCAGAUAUUGCUUCUGAUUGAGGCUAAAGGAGACGUGUCAUUCAUUUCUCAGGCGGGAAAUAACUCUGAUCUGGUCCCCUGGAUGGAAGUGAAAGGCACCAGAGAGGCCUUCAUCACCGCCCCAUCCCCUCGAUUCAGGGUGUCACACUUGCAGUACAAGUUCAUGCCAGCAGCUCUGAGCAAGAGGAAGGGGAAGGUCAGAACUCUGAAACCACUAUGAAACCACACUAAGUAUGGGUAUAUCCGAGCUUUGUGUUUGAAUUUCAGCAUUUGCAUUCUUUUUGUAUAACCUUUUUCAAAAGUGUUGGAAGGCUGUGUAAAAUGUUGACAAAAAACAGACUUUGACAGUUUCCAAAUCAUUUAAACCCUAUAUUAUAUAUAGCAGAUAGUACAAAGACAACCUAUCAAGUACUGAAACUGAAAAAAAAAAAAACUUACAGUAUGAAAGAAAUUGGUACAUAUACUCAUUGUAAGCCAACGGCUUCUACAAAGUAGUUCCAUGCUCAUGUUUCUUAUUGUGUGUCCUCAGCUCUUACUUCAUUAACACUCUUUAAACCUUAGUUAACCAAGUAGGCCAGUUUCUGUCGUAGUUUGAAAUUAAAAAGUUGUCCCAGUCUUGCUUGAGAGUUUCAGCUGCUCAACAGUUUUAUUUAUGCACUGUAGAUGAUGAAAUCCACUCUUUGUGUCUCAUUUUCAACACUCAGGAAUGUUUUUCUACAACUAUUUUUAAAAACUUUUUAUUUAAGCCUAUUAGCCAAUAAACAUAAAAUAUCACAACAUUUCUGGACACAGGACCUCAUAUACCAAAUGAUAAUUACAGUAAUACUAAACAAUAAAAGAAAACAUUAAGAAAAAUAAAUUAAUAAAAUACACUAACAACAAAAAAAAUCACAAGAAUAAAACCUGGUAGAGGAACAGACAUCCGCAAGAUGGGUGGGUAGUUAUGGCUAAGCAGUCUCAUCCACAGAAGAAUUUCCAUAGUAGUCUUGUCUCACCAGUACCCUGACACAUCAGCCCACUCCAUGUUGUCUGACUUUCAGGUAUUGUGAACCACAUGUCCGUCUUUGCUUGAAGGUGUCCAUAGUUAGCUGCAGGCUUGUAGCCAUUCACUCCAUCCCUACACAUUUUUCAAUCUCUGCACCCAUUGAGCUAUGUUUGGUGGGUUUGUAUCCUUCCACUUCACUGUAAUAUAUUUUUUUCACUGUCAACACAAGAAUUAUAAGUACACACUGUUGAACCCUAUCAUAUAAGUCUUUGAGUAUGACAGAAACAAAAGUGGUUCUAACAGAACAUCCACCACUAAAAUUUAUUUCCUUUAUGAAAUUCUCCCAGAUCCCUUGAAUUAGUGGACAAUCCCAGAAAAUGUGUGUGGUGUCUCCUUUUUUUUCCACAAUUUCACCAGCAUUGUGCCACAUUAGGAUCCUUUGUAUAAGUAGAAAUGAUUAAGGGAGUAUUGAAAUUGAAACAUCAUAUCUUUGUUUUCAUAUCAAAUUCUUUCCAUAAUUGGCUUUUAUUCUUUUAUGACAGCCUGCCCAUAUGUCCUUCCAUGGAGUAAUACUGAAACUGUGGAACUAUUACCUCACACAGUCGCUCACAGAGUGGUGAUGCUCUCUUACAACUAUUAGAAACACACUGCAGGCAUAAAAUUUACAGAGUUAUGGUAACAGAAUGGUAAAUUUAUUCAUUUUUUUAACCUCUGGUGUAGUGUAUUUGCACAUUUUAAAUCACAGGGUUGAAUGAUUUUCAAACAUUUCAGUGGCCUGAGUUUUAAGAAUUAGGGUUUUACAUAGCAAAUACUUAACAGAAACCCGCCAGCAGGACUUUUUUUCCUUUUCUUGUACAGGUUUAUGGUUGCAGUAUUUUGCGCUAUAAGUCAUGUUGGACUGCAUCAGGAAAACAUUAAUGCUGAUGACUUUGUCAGCCCUGAGGAAAGAGAUUUGUACGGGCACAUGUUCUAAAUGUUUGCAGCUUUAUGAGCAUUUUUGCAUUAGUACAUUGCGUCCUUUCCAUGAUUAACAAACCCAGAGUUGCAGUUUUUCAGCAUGUGUACAUGUCUGAGUACACUUAGCUGUCUUUUUUCUCCUAGUGUAAAUACGUUGAGUACAACUUAUUUAGCAUAUUUAGGGAUUAGGACACACCUGCAUGAGUUUUCCGCUAGUGCAAAGAUCAUGGAAUUUGACACUCUUUGCUGCCUCAGAUAUAAAAAUGUCAAACUUUGACAGAUUUGCUGAACCUUACAGGACGACGAUGUAACCCUCAAUAGGUAUUUUAGUUAAUUAAGUCCCUCUUCUGCUUGUUGCUCGUCCUGUUUACAGUUGCUGAAAAUGACAACAAAACUCUAAACCUUAUGUCUCAGUUGUUGCUUCCAACAUCCUCUCUUAGUCCUCUGCUGUUUACUGUACUUUUUCUUAGACUUCCUGAACUUUAGCUGCAGGAAACAGUACACACUGAAUUAUCCUGUUCCCCCUCAGAAGCCAGUUUUAGGCCCCAGAGCAGUUCAAAGAUGUACACACAGUCACAGCCAGAGUUGUACCUCAUUGUUAAUGCCACUUCUUUUUCUCUUCCAGGUAAUCUAUGUGGCCAGAAAUCCUAAAGACGUCCUUGUGUCAUACUUCUACUUCCAUAAAUUUGCCAACAUGUUGGAAACACCCAAAGAUUUUAAUGAUUUCUUUGAGAAAUUCAUGAUGGACAGAGGUGAGAGCAGCUCUUCUAUGUUACAUUAGUAUGGAUCUGUACAAUGUGUGAGUAAGAGGGUGUUUUCUGUGCAGUGUUUGGAGGUAGCUGGUUCGAGCACAUUAAAACGUGGUACUCUCACUUGGACGACAUUAACGUGCUCUUCAUCACCUAUGAAGAAAUGAUUCGGGUAAUAACUCAAACUCCUUCAUUCCUCGUUGUUGUUUAGGCUGCUGAGUGUUUCAGUGUCACUUUUAUAGAGCUUUAAAGCAGAUAUCCGCUUGUCUUUACAUGCAGGAUCUGUCAUCAGCUGUGCGAAGGAUCACCUCCUUCCUGGGUAAAGAUCUGACUGAGGAGCAGCUGGCCAAUGUGGUGAAACACAGCACCUUCAAAAACAUGAAGAAGAUCCCACAGGCAUCCUACGAGAAGGUGUCAGGUGACCUGCUCAACCACAGCCAGGGGGGCUUCAUGAGGAAAGGUGAGCGUCUUUACAGUUUUAAACAAACCCUUUCACUCUGCAGCACUACUUACAUCAAAAGACACACAAAGACUCCUGCAGACUGAUGUGCAUACAUUCACAUUUUCAUUUGGACAGGUUUAAAAUUAUACCUGCAAAAAAGGGAAUUAUACAUACAUACACAGCUUUGAAUUAAAAAUAGCCUGCCUUUGGAGAGACCAUGAAUGAACCCGUAGAGCCAGCCUACUGGAUUUAAAGACUGUUAACACCAGACUGUUUCUACAAGUCAGUGAUGAUGACUAACAUUGACUUCCUCUUCUCACGCACUGCAGGCACCAUCGGCGACUGGAAGAAUCAUUUCACUGUGGCGCAGAGCGAGCAGUUUGAUGAAGUCUUCCACAGAGAGAUGCAGGACUUUCCUCUGUCAUUCAUCUGGGACAUGAGGGACAUCAAGUGACCAGACUUUGACCUCAGAAAAGAGGGGGAGUCACUAUUGCAGCUACAUGAACUCUGUACUGUACAGGAGCAAAUACUAUUGAUAUAACUAGCUUCUGUCUGUAUCAUUUAAGGCUAAACUGCUGCUUCACAAACAUAUCCUCCAACCUGCUAUUUCAUUCUUAUUCAUAUCGAAUCAUUUUUGAUAUUGUCUGAGGAACAGCAGCUCCAUGCUGUUCCUUUUUAUAUUAACAGAGGGCCAACAUAAAUCCACCAUGAGUGAGGAAAUAGAAUAUAAGUCAUAGAAUAUAAAACUACUUGUGGCUCCCUGAAUGAAUUUUUAUGAACUUUUAUAACUGGAUAAAGUUGUGGGAGUUUUAUCAUGUCAUAAAAUCCAGAAUUUAAAAGAUGGUGUUAGGUUUAAUGUUUGUUAUAAUACAAAUUUAUAAACCACACCUUCAUAAGGCAUCAUCUUUAUUUAUAACACUUCACAUUUGGAACAUAAUCCUCAGGGACUCCACACUCUGGUCCAUGCCUAAGUUUUUGCAUGUUUGAUUUUAUAUUACAGAAAAAAAUGAAGGCUCUGUAUAUAAAUAUAUAAAAUUUAGAAACUAUUUAAAAACCUGCAGAAACGCUUUUUUUUCUGAGUGAACUUCAGCAGCUGCUUUAUUUACAGCCCAAGCACUGCUGGAAACAUGGAAUACUGUCAAAAUAUUGUCUUAGUCUGCAGGAGGAGACACUCUGUACAUUAGAUCAUACGUCAGUCUUGCGCCAGAGUCAAGGACCAUGGUCAUGUGACUCCUGCUUCAGAGGCCCCACAAAAGCGACUCUAGCUUUGUCAGAUUCACGCUUCAAUUCUGUGGAUGCACACAAAUUCAGAGUGAUGCUGUGACUCCUGAACAUGAAUACACCUUAUAUGAUCAAAAUAACCCAUCAUUGAGCAGCACAAGUGUGUGUGUGUGUGUGUGUGUGUGUGUGUGUGUGUGUGUGUGUUUGCAGAGCAGAAACAUGAAAACUCAUGGUUUGGUGUCCUUCAGGUGUACAGACUGCUGCUACAUUGUUGUUACAUGUGUAAAAACCUCCAUCUUCACCAUACCAUCGUAUUUGUCAGUAACUUUGAUUAUUUACAGACGCUGUGAUUUAAAGCCUUUGAAUGUAAAUGAAGUCGUCAGGUUUUUUUUUUAUCCACCAGGUGAGACGCGGGAACUUGAGGUUUGGAUGCAUCAGGAGCAAAGUGGGAGUAGCUCCUGAAUGAUUCUCAUCAUGUUUUAUCAGAUUAUAUUUUUGUAAAUGAAACUACAAUUACUACGUUUUUGUGACUGUUAGAAAUGUGAAAUUAAAAGCCUAUACACUGAGA